GGGAUCAAAUGACACUCCUGGAAAUUUGAGCCAGUGAUACGAGACAUGGGCGUCACAUGCAUGAAGAAUGUAGGAAUCAGCGGAAUUGUUUAAAUAGGGAAACUACCAUCAGUUAUCAUUAAUCAUCUCCAGCCCAGCUCCACAUCUCUAAUCUACUUCUCUUUACAUCAUGACAGCCAUAAAGACCCUGAAACAGUUCCGCAACAAGUUUAAAGUAACGAAACUCCUGGGAGAAGGAGGGUAUGGCACAGUCUACCUUUGUGUUGAAAUCUCUACCAGGGUCCUCCGAGCAGUUAAGAGGUUACCAAACGUGAAGGACACCUACACCUCGCUGUGCCCCCGGAGACAGAGACAAGUUCCUAACGAAAUCCUGUUCCUAGAGUCCAUCUCUCAUCCUAGCAUCGUUAAGCUGCUGGACGUGUAUUUUGAUGAAGAUACCAACACUUGGUUCCUUGUUCAGGAGUAUCAUCCUGGAUUUGAAGAACUGUUCUCGUACGUCAACAACAACGGCCCUAUGACAACACGUGAUAGCUCUAGCAUUGUCAAUCAGCUGAUCCGAGUGGUUAUGUAUCUUCUCCACGACCGGAUGAUCGACCAUCGUGAUAUAAAGGAUGAGAACAUCCUGUAUAACCCUAAAACCAAGCAGAUAAAACUGAUCGACUUCGGCUCUGCAGCAAAGCUUUCCUCAGAACCCUAUACAUCGUUUAGGGGUACAGACGUCUACAUUCCACCAGAGUACUACCUAAACCGAAAGUAUUCAGCCCUUCCUGCAACUGUGUGGGCUAUAGGGUGCAUCAGCUUCAUUCUACUUGAGGGAGAAUGUCCUUUUGAUAACCGAGAAGCAGUUAAGACUUUUACAAGUAUGUCAGACUUCAAAGACCCAAAGUUUCUGAGACAGACGAAGAGAGUGAACUUUAUAGAACAGUGCCUGAACCCGAGCGCUGAUAAGAGGAUUGAUUUGUCAGAUAUCUCAGCUCAUCCUUGGUUGCAGAUUUGA